CGGAGCAUUUGCAAACGAUGUGAUGUUUGGAGGGCUCGGUUCUCAGCGUGCUUGGCUGUUCUUCCACGAGGGUGUCUGGCCAUAGCCCCGGGACCAGCGUUAGUUUAGCAGUCAGUCGCUACUGUCCUUUAGGUUUGAGUUAGCAGCUGCAGCGUUCUGCUUGUACUAUGGAUACGUGUACCUGGCAGGGCUGUACUGUCACUGUACUACUUGAUAAAUCAGCGACUAAGGUAUAAUUUGCGUGAUUGAUGACUUGGAUGCUGCUUGUGUGUUUCUUACAGUGGGCAGAGGGCAUCACCUGACUGAUGUGUCCCGCACGGAGCUUCCAUACUCAUGGAAGUGCUGUGUUGAGGUGGUUUUGUUCAGGCGUUUUUGUUCUCCAUUGAGAUAACCCCACUAAGUUUUCAGGCCUGCGUUACUGCGUGUUAUAGAUUAAACACGCAGGUGGGUCGCUUCAAUAAACCGAGUGGCUUUGCUUUUCUUUUAGAAAGAUCCUUGUCGUGGACUAAUGGCUUUCAGCCCAGAGGCUGGGAAUUCCCGGGGGUCUGUGAACUGUUUCUAAGGAGCCUGUGAGAGGCAGUGAAGAAAAGAGAACACAUCGCUAGAGGGCUUAGAUUUGCUGAGUGCUAAGCAUUUAGUUUUAGGGUGAGGGGCUUGCAAAUCAGGAUCCAUCACCAUAGAGCGAGGGCUCUGGUUAGUUAAAACUAACGGAGAGCCAAGUAGAUCAGCAUGGGUGAACUUCUGUGCUUCCAGGUUACAUUGCUGGACUGGGGGCUGGCUCAGGAAAUACAAAAGCGAAAGGUUCCUGUGGCAUUGCUCAUAGAUCUCUCUAUGCAUGCAGUUGAAUGCAGUGAAUAACAGGAAUACGUUGUAGCUGCCAGAGUCAGCGCUGCCUCUGGAAUGUUUCCUGUCUGCCUAGUAAUCUUUUAAUUAUUUCUACUCCUGAAGCCUGAUGCUGUCCCUUAGCACGGCCUGAUGCUGUCCCUUAGCACGGCUCUUGGGGUUCUGCAUGUUUAAUCUGUAAAGCUCCAUGCAAUCAUUAGCAGGCAUCCUUUGCUCUAUAGGCUACUGUAGAAGUGAGGCCUAUACAAGGCACACACGUCCUUGUGGGCACUGAUGGCUGCUUCUGCUUCUGGAUGUGUGUGUAACUCCAUAUGGUGCUUCUGGAUAUUUGAAACUCCGUGCACGAAUGGGCCUAUCGUGAGGAGCAGAGCUCCCCCAACUCCUGCCCCUGGAAGGACUCCUUGCAAGUGAAGUGCACUUGCUCCCCAAGGACCAGGCCUCACUAAUGACUGGGAAGCAAAGAGUACUUAGGAAAGCACUUUUAUCACGGACUCCACCUCAGGAGCGCCAGGAACUCGUCUUCUAAACAGAAUCCUCGUGGACCCCAUGUCUGCUGCAAUGGAUACAGAAUCAACGUAUUCGGGAUACUCCCACUACUCAGGUCACUCCAAAAAAGCCCACAGACAAGGGAGUCGGGACAGGCACAAAUCCCCACGAAGCAAGGAUGGCAGUCGGUCUGAGAAGUCUGUCACUAUCCAGACACCUCCUGCAGAACCGCUGCUCGGGAAUGACGCCUCUCGAACGGAGGAAGGCCAGGAUGACAAUUGGGGUGAGACCACAACAGCAAUCACAGGUACCUCUGAGCACAGCAUUUCCCAGGAAGACAUAGCCAGGAUCAGUAAGGAUCUGGAGGACAGUGUUGGCUUGGACUGCAAACGUUACCUGGGUUUAACAGUGGCAGCUGUUCUCGGACUCCUCGUCUUCCUUACCCCCAUCGCCUUCAUUCUUUUGCCCCAGAUCCUGUGGCGGGAUGAUCUGGAGCCGUGUGGUACUGUCUGUGAGGGACUGUUCAUCUCUGUGGCAUUUAAACUCCUCAUUCUUCUGAUUGGGACCUGGGCUCUGUUUUUCCGCCAGCCCAAGGCAGACAUACCGAGGGUGUUUGUAUUCCGGGCCCUCUUGUUGGUCCUCAUCUUCCUGUUUGUGUUUUCCUACUGGCUUUUUUAUGGCGUUCGCAUCUUGGACUCCAAGGACACCAACUACCAAGGAAUAGUGCAGUAUGCAGUGUCUCUGGUGGAUGCACUGCUCUUCAUUCAUUACCUGGCCAUUGUCCUGCUAGAGCUACGGCAGCUGCAGCCCAUGUUUACUGUCAAGGUUGUUCGUUCAACAGAUGGAGAAUCGCGAUACUACAGCUUGGGGCACUUGAGCAUUCAGCGAGCUGCACUGGUGGUUCUGGAAAAUUACUACAGAGAUUUCCCCGUCUACAACCCAGCGCUGUUAACAGCCUCCAAAUCCCGUGCUGCCAAACACAUGGCUGGCCUGAAAGUCUACAAUGUUGAUGAAGGCCCAGGGAACAACGCCUCGGGGCAGUCCCGUGCCAUGAUUGCAGCUGCAGCCCGGCGCAGGGACUCCAGCCACAACGAGCUCUACUAUGAAGAGGCCGACCACGAGCGCCGAGUUAAAAAGCGUCGUGCAAGGCUUGUGGUUGCAGUGGAGGAGGCUUUCACUCAUAUCAAACGCCUCCAGACAGAGGAACAGCAAAAAGCUCCAGGAGAGAUGAUGGACUCUCGAGAAGCAGCCCAGGCAAUCUUCCCAUCCAUGGCAAGAGCUCUGCAGAAGUAUCUUCGCACCACCCGCCAGCAGCAGUACCACAGCAUGGAGAGCAUCCUGCAACACCUGUCCUUCUGCAUCACCAAUAACAUGACACCAAAGGCAUUCCUGGAGCGUUACCUCAGCCCCGGCCCAACCCUCCAGUACGACAGGGAUCGCUGGUUCUCCAAGCAGUGGACACUCGUUAGCGAGGAAGCAGUCACAAGCGGGUUGCAAGACGGAAUUGUUUUUGUCCUCAAGUGCUUGGACUUCAGCCUCGUUGCUAAUGUGAAGAAAAUCCCCUUCAUCAAACUCUCUGAAGAGUUCAUAGACCCUAAAUCUCAUAAAUUUGUCCUUCGCUUACAGUCCGAGACUUCAGUCUAAGGGAUUUUGAGGGUGGGUUGUUUAGAAAUGUUUUUUUUUUUUUCCUCACUAUUGUGCUUUUGGGUUUUAUUUCCCUAAUGCUGACUGAAACUGGCAGAUGAUGGACCAGUAAUAUUUGACCAUCUGCACUUUAUUUGGAAAGGGGUGGAGGGAGCUGGGAUAUCUUAUCUAGAAAGGAAUAUCUUAAGAGGCGACAGGGUGGCUUGGCUUGGUUAGCUCAGCCUUGGAGACAGAACAGAUAUUUUUUUUUCCCCUUUCCAGGCAUAUUGUAAAUCUCACGCUCUCUUUCUCUGCACAGUUGCGACGUCUGUAUUUCUGUUGGAAUGCUGCCUUACAUCCUGUGUGCGUGUGUGCUCUUCUGUCCCUGCUUUUGCUACCUGUAUCUCUCUCUGAGAACAGGCUGCUCACCUCUCCGCCUCAGAAGUCUGCUUGUACAGAGAGAACUUCCAGUUUCUUUUCAUGUGGGAGCUGGAGAGUGCGAGAGGUUUCCUUCUAUCAGCUGCGUAAUUGUAAGACUGAAGAUCUGUUGAUGUUUUUUUCUUGCUCUCCGUGUGUCCUCUUAUCAGUGCUGGACCUGUGUGAACACAGUGGGAUGCUUUUGCCGUCUGUUUCUGUCUCUGUGAAGUUGCUUGUGUCGACCUGGAUCAGCCCAUCUUGCUGCUAUUCUGAAUUCUUUUUAGCUGCGCUUGUUAGCAAAACAGUUCUGCAUGCAACAGCUCCUUUUUCUCUCAGUAUUCAGUCCCUCUUGCUUGUCCCCUUCCUUUGCCAGGCGCUCCAAAGCUCCCCAGUCUGCUUUCCAAACGUGUUUCUCUAGCCCUAGUGCCCUCGGGGUCUGCCUUACUGCUUCUUCCUCUCACACCUGCAGGGGCUGCACAUUUGCACAGGGUGGGUAAGUAGCUGGCUCCUUCUCAGACGCAUCACAGACACUUCUAGCUCUGCAGCCCUGCAGAGGGGAAGAAGAAAGUGCGCAGGAGUUUAACCCUUUAUAUCCAAGGGCUUCAGUGUGUCUGGAAGACAGACAGGCAAAAACACUUCCCUCCUCGACGAGGAGAGCCAGAGAUGGGCUGGCUCUACUGCCCUCCUCUUGCUUUGAAGAACUGCUGUGAUCUUGAAACGCAUGUCCUUCCUUGCCUUCAGCUAUAGCUGGGAAAUACCAAACUGAAUGCUGAAAAGCUGCCUACCUUCCUUGGCCUUCUGCUGUGGGGGUCUUCUGAGUUCUCAGUGCCAGGGUAGCCUGCUGCUUCUCUGUUCUUGUGAGAGAUGUUUAGCUCUUAAAACUGCAGUUUUGUCUUGAAAGCCUUCUUUGCCCAUCAGUGCAUAACUUCUGUGUUGUCUGAGUUUUGUGGGGUUUUGAAAGGUUUCUUUGUAAGAUGAGCCUGUCUGGAUGCUAGCUCUGAGCAUUGUGUGACUCCAGAGCCAUCUCCGGGCCUGGCAGUGACCUGUCUUCAGACAGGCCCCUCCUAGAAGCCCUGGUCUGUGGUGACAGGUUAAAGUGGAAAUGCUGGACUCAUCCUGCCCAGUCUUUUGCCAUGCAAAGAUCUGUAUAUCUGUAUCUGGCAUGAACCAACCUGCCUUCCAUGGAAAUCUCUUACUGCAAAGUGCCCUGUUGACAAAGUGCAACCAAUGCCUUUCACUGCAUUAUCUUAUGUGGGGACCUGUGAUAGCUCCCCACAGCUGCUUUUGCCUUCCCCAGGCCUUCCUUGGGCUCCAUCAUCAGUCCACUGGGCUGCUUCCCUGUUCCAGCAGCAGUAGUUAAAAAGAAGCCACAUAUCCAGCAGCACCAGUUGGUCCUUUGGGGCCAAGGGAUCUACCAGCCACUUGAACUCUCUGGUGAGGUCCCAGGUGGAGAUUCCCACAGCCAAGUGUCACCUCUGGUCUUUGCAGCCUUCUGCUGCUGGCAGCUUUCAUCUGAACGUGUAAUACCUCCGUCCUGUAGUCUCUGUGUGAUGUGCCAGAAUUGGUUGUGAGGAAACAAAAUGUGUGUGAUGAGACCAAGCCAUCUAUGCCCUGUAAAGCAUGAGAUGUAAGUGGAGUUUUCCUUGUCUAAAAUCAAUGCCUGAGUUUCUUUCUAGGUCAGACUUUCUUGCAGUCUGUGUCUGUACAGGGAUUUUUCUACUGACUGUGGCCUUUGCAGUAUUUCAGUUUGGAAAAACACAGAUUUAUUCCCUCCUUAAAAACAAAACCAACAAAAAAGGUGAUGGAGCAUGUAGUAUCUCACACGUAGCUCUCCUAAAGACCUAUAUAUUUGGCUUUUAUGAUGUGCAUUACCAGCUGGGGCAGGAGAGACUGGGAGUAGCAUGGGCACUACAAAGCACUUCUGCCUAUGGCUGAACCGGCUUGGAUGUGUGCAGCCAGAGAGAGAAUCGCUGUGCUGGGGGCUUGGGCGUGCCCCAUACAUGGGAGCACCUUGGUUUGGGCACUGCUCCAUAAAACCUUCCUUUCCCAGGAUUUCCUCUCCCCGAUGAAUGGGCCUGUCUGACAGUGUCUGCUCAGGAAACUCUUGUCUUAAUCCUAAGUUGCAUUGAGUCCUUAAACACAUGGAAAGCCAGAUGGAAGCAGGGCAUGAUCGCUCUGGGUCUGCUUCCUAAUCUGUGCUGCCUUCUCUGCUGUCAGCAGGGCCAGCUCCUGCUUUAAACACUCUUCCCAGUGUCGAGGUGAAUGCUUUGCUUAAUAAAAUCUUAACGAGGGAGUUUCACCUCUCAGUCUGCUUACUACAGAAUUGCAACCUGUUCCGGGCUGAGGACAGACUAUAAGGGAACAUGAAUUCCUGGGUAUCCCCAGGGGUUUUUUUUAAUGAUUUUUUAUGUUUCUCCAGCUCUCCGUUUGGGGACUUGUUUCCCCUUCUCAUGUGAAAUCAAGGGACCACGGUCAUACCUACCUCACUGGGGUGUUCUGAGGCUAAACUCAGUGGUGCAUCACAAAGUGCUUUGAAAUCCACGUAUGGAUCUGUGGAGUCUGUAGGAACUCAGGCUCUUAGUAAAAAUCCUAAGCAGUGAGAGCAGACUGGUUUGUUUAAUUCUGUUUAUAGCCAGCUAAUGAGUAAGAAUUGAGUCACGGGGAACAAAGCUCUGAUCCAAAUCCUGCAGUCCUUACUCCUGGAAGGCUUGCCAAGAGCUGAGCAUAAAUAAGGCUUGUACAGUUUGCCAGUCGAGCACAGGCUGCUUCCCUCCAAACGCCUCCUAUUCUGCACCAUCUCCUUGUGUGUACUUCUCCCUCCUGUCUCCCAAGCCCGUAUGCUCAUACCUAACAGGGAAUUGGCUCUUAGAAAUGGGUGUUUUUUGAGAUAACCCUCUUUGUGGUGAAGCUGAUCCCAUGCCCCUCGGAGGAGGACCUUAUGGUGGACCAUUCAGUAGGGUGCUGUGUUGGCCCACUCCUCUUUUCCAUAUGUGAUUUUCAAGUUACGCUGCUCAGACGGUUUAAAGACUUGUUUUUGUUACAGCCUGAAUCCAAAACCAUGCUGAGAUCUUCCAAAACCAGAUGCAACAAAGACUUUCAGAUGCUCCAAGGCAGAUGGAAAUGACUAUGUGGUUUCCACAAAGGUUGACUCUCUCUUAUGGCCGAAGAAUGGAAAGCUAGGGUUUCUUGUAGCUGGGGUGGUAGACCUUGGCACCCACACACCUUGCAUGAAGCAGAGUAUCUGCUGAAGGUGUACCGUGCAUGGAAGAGUGGCAGAGCAAGGUCAGCUCUGCUUUGGGGUUGUGCUUGGCUCUUUCAAAGCAGCAAGAGAAAUCCACUCUGGAGUGGCAUCUUGGAGACAGAUUUCAGCUUUUCCUCUGGUGUUCUGCUACCUCUGAAGUCUUCUGUUGAGUUCUCUGCUGAGGAUGAACAGAUACCAGGUGGGAUGUGUAGUGCUGGCCUGUGGCUUGGAGCCUGAGACAGCUCAGGGUAAGACACAAGUCUAAGGGAGAGCUGAACAAAUUGCAACCCUCAGAGAGCUUUUCCUCUUUUGCUUUGGGAUGCUCCACACCAAGUGUAGUGAUCCUGCUGUUUCCAAGCAUGCCAGAAGCUGUGGAGAAGCAGUUUCUACAACUGGCUGUGCAGAAGGUAGCUUGUAAAAGUCUUGUUUGAGCUGUGCUUGUUCCAACGCUUGUUAGUGAAGAAACUGGAAAGAUCUAUACUAUGCAAAAUGUGGAAACCUCCUCAGGCCAAUUUCGUUUUGCUCACAGAAACUUUUCAAUCUCCUCUUAUUUUAUAAAGGUAAAUCAGAGAUCUCGCAGUCUGUUGAAGAAUGCUGCUGUCUGGCCCCAGGCUCUGCUCAGCUCGGCCCUGCCGUCCAAGAGGUGUUUUGAGAUGUUUGUACAGAUGUCCGUUUUCUCAUUCAGCUUGCGUGUGGAUGUGCUUCUCCCUUUAUAGGUGUAUGCGUUGUACAUGUCUAAAGCCUCGAGCCAGGCUUGGCGGUUCAGUGUUUGAGUUGUGAAGAAGGAAGCGCUCUUGGGAUCAGAUUGUUUUGUUGUUUGAAAUAAUCUGUUCUCCUAAAAGAGAGGGCUUUUUUUUUUGAGCCUUGAAAUCUCCUUUAGGAACAUGCAUCCUUCCGUGCUGGGGCUGCUGCCUCAGAUAGAUGGGGACCAAAAGUUGCUGUUUCCAACCGCUGCUGUGGAUCUCAUUGAAUUUACUCCUGAUGGGUCCCCCCCAGCACCAGUUUAUCUGCCUGUCUGUUUCCCUCCAAGAGGCGGGGUGUGCUGAUCCAUGCGCUGCAGUGCAGCCCUAUGGGCAGUGCAUGAUGCUGGGGGUGUACUCUGCUACCCCUCAGCGUCUUCCCUUGGCAGCUUUCACCAUUGGGAGCAUCUCCUGCCUGCACACAGGGAUACUGCAGCUCGCUGCCUGCUAAGACCCUGCUGUGAAGGGAUCUUAUACUCUUCUGUGCCUGUUCCUUUGAUUCAGUCUUAUUGUGUCUUGGGGUAGGGGAUGGGAGCCAGCUCUCUUCCUGCCCCCUUUUUUGAUCACUGUGUAAUACUCUUUUUCUACGCAUACUGUGUACAGUAAGAUGGGUUUUGCCAAGGUUUUCUAAUUAACAGACACUAACCAGCAUUUCUUUUGUUGUUGUUGUUGUUUUUCCUCCUUUUUUUGCACACGUGACUUUAACUGCAGUGGUACAUUGUCUUUCAGUUCCUUUUCUGAUCGUGGCCUUUAGUAAGCAAAUUCCUGGUGUCUGUGAUAUUAAUGCACUGUGGGUCUCUCGUCUAAGUAAGUCGUUCUGUUCCAAGCUGGGUUCUCUUCAGUUUAUAGCUGGAUGGGUUUUUGUUGUUUUUAAACUGAAACAUAAAACCGUUUUACACUUUGCAUAUUUUGUACAGUAAAGUUCUGGAAAUAAACUGAAACCAGAUUUGAUCGUCCCA